AUGUACGUGGGGCAGCUCUCGAUGGAGGCGGUGGACCGAACGGUGCGCUUCUUGAGGGAUCGCGGGCUGAGUCAGACGCAGGCACUUCGAACCAUCUCGCUCCAAGUCACGAUGUGUCGGUAUUCGACGGAAUUGAUGGAGACCAAGAUUGAGUGGUUGAGCAACUUGGGCCUUAGCCACGACAAGAUCAACAGCAUAAUCAGGCGCUUCCCGCACAUUUUGGGAUCCUCACUCGAGAACCUCCAAACUACCGUGGCCUGGUUCCUGUCGAAGGGGGUGCCGGAGACCAAAAUUCCCUACGUGUUCACUAUCUUCCCGCAGUCAGUAUUUUUCAAGCAGGAGGACAACUUGGACCAGAAAGUAGAAGUUUUCAAGGAGAUCGGCUGCGACGAAUCCCAAAUCACGCGUAUUUUGACGUUGGCCCCACAGGUGCUCUCCCACAAGGCCGAUAAACUGGAGUACAACGCGAACUACUUGGUGGAGCUGGGUGUCCCUGCCGAGAAGUUGCCAGCUGUCAUCGCGAGAGUGCCUGCGUGUCUCGGACUAAGUUCGGCCCGGAUCAAAGAAACGGUGGACAUGCUGGACGAGAUGUUCGGUGCCGGUGCUGGCGCUCACGCUCUGACGUGGAAUCCGGUCAUCCUCAUGCACAAUAUCGGCGAACUCCGGCGAUCAUUCAAGUACCUCGUCUCGAUCGGAUUCACGAAAGAGCGAUUGGAGAAGAACACGAGGUUGAUCACACGCAGUGCGAGCCGCUUCCUGCGUCCGCGUGCCCAGUUCCUUCGGUCGAAGGGCGUGGAUGUAGUUUCCUGGACCGCGUGGAUUAACAUGUCGGAAAACGACUUCAAAGGGGAGUAUCCCGGCUACGAGAAGUUCAUGACCGAGUACAAGGCGCGCCAGAAGAAGAGAAGGGCUUCUGCACCGUAA